CUUUCCCACCCUCUGACAUAAACAAACAACCUGCAUCUGGUUUUGUGUCCUGUAUUUCACAUUCGCAGCUCCCUAAAUCCCACUUUAGUGACUCUGUAAAUGCAUCAGCUGCGGGAGCUGAUGCAAGUGGCUGGAACCUCUUUCCCUACACUAUAAUCUAACGCACUUAGCGAGCCAAUGAAUAUGUGGGAAAGGAGGGGCUUUCUGGCUGAGGGGCUCUGGCAGGGAAACAGCUGUUGAGCAGCACAACCUUACCCAGAGCCAGGCAAACACACUCAUUCACGUCCUCAGUGGCUCUGUGCUUCCAGGGGUUGGCAAGGCAGCUGCCCCCUCCUCCUCUCUCUGCAAAAAGUGAGCAAACUUGCACAGGGAAACAGAAAAGACAGCAAACCUCAGCUGUGAGACAUUUCAACAGAUCCAGCAAUGGCCUGGGUCAGUAAUUUCUCCUGGUUAAACCACCUUGCUCUACAUGAAGAACGUCUCAGAGGGUACUUAAACAGCACUGAGGAUUAUUUAACCUUCCUGUGUGGGCCCAGACGGAGCCACCUGUUCCUGCCCAUGGCUUUGGUGUACUCGGUGAUCUUCGUUGUCGGGGUGGUGGGGAACUUCUUGGUUUGCCUCGUCAUCCUCAAGCACCGCAACAUGAAGACCCCGACCAACUAUUACCUGUUCAGCCUGGCGGUCUCAGACCUGCUGGUGCUGCUUUUCGGGAUGCCCCUGGAAGUCUACGAGAUGUGGAGCAACUACCCCUUCUUGCUGGGGCCCGUGGGCUGCUACCUGAAGACAGCUCUCUUCGAGACCGUGUGCUUCGCCUCCAUCCUGAGCGUGACCACGCUGAGCGUGGAGCGCUACGUGGCCGUCCUGCACCCGCUGCGCGCCAAGCUGGCCAGCACGCGCCGCCGCGCCCUCAGGACCAUCCUGGCCCUCUGGCUGCUCUCCGUGCUCUUCGCCCUGCCCAACACGGGCACCCACGGCAUCGUGCUGCAGCGUUUCCCCAACGGCACCCUGGUGCCCGGCUCUGCCACCUGCACCGUGGUCAUGCCCCUGUGGAUCUACAAUUGUAUUGUCCAGAUCACUUCUUUGCUCUUCUAUGUGCUGCCCAUGGGGGUGAUAAGUGUGCUGUACUAUCUGAUGGGGCUAAGAUUGAAAGGAGAUGAAUCUUUGGAAGUGGAGGAAAUGGCUGUGAAUGUUCAGAGGCCAUCCAGGAGAUCAGUCACCAAGAUGUUGUUUGUCCUUGUGAUAGUUUUUGCCAUCUGCUGGGCUCCAUUCCACAUUGACCGACUUUUCUUCAGCUUUGUUGUGGAAUGGACUGAGCCCUUGGCCAAUACCUUCAACUUAAUUCACGUGGUGUCAGGUGUUUUCUUCUACCUGAGCUCUGCCACGAACCCCAUCAUUUACAACCUGCUGUCCCAGCGCUUCAGGAUGGCUUUCCUCAGUGUGAUUUCUCCUUGCUGCAAGCACUGUGCCCCUAAACAUCCCACUUGCAAGAUUUCAUCCCAGAAGAGCAUGUUUGUGAUUGAGGAUCACAAUCUCAUGGACUCUGCUGAAAACACAAGUCUCCCUGGCACUCACAGGACAUCUGUCAGCAGCUCUCAGCUCUCCACUGGCCUGUGACUUUCUGUGUUGUCAUCCAUGUGAGAGAGAAGGUUAAGAAAACUAAGAAACUAAAGCACAAGAAAACUUCCUAAAAGACUGAUUUCAGCAAGAAUUGCUCAGGAGAUGUCCCACUGAAUGAAUGAAUGAAUGAAGGAGGAGGCUGUAUUUAGGAUAUCUUAGGGAAGCACUGUACUGCCCCCAAGCUAAUGGGAGGGCUGGAAAUGGGAGUUUGCUCACUGCAAGCUGUGCCAGCAAAGAGGUACUUUAAAAGGUGAGAGACACUCCCAAUGUUGCCAGCACAGGAGACAAAAUCAGCUUAGUCAAGUCUUACUAAAUAGCUUCUUAUGCAGCAACCAAAACAUCAGAUUUUACUUAUUCUGAAACAGGACAAUUUUCUGCAUAAACCUUCUCUCCCCAUUUCUACCUUUAGGUAAGCCAGUCCCACUUCCCUCUGUUACAACCUUUUGAGGUAUGGCUGUUGCAGACCUCUCCUGUCAACAUUAGCAGACAGGCAAGAAUGAGAGCAGCUCGGAGCUGGGCUGAUAAACACCAGCCACCAGCAGCAGCUAUUUCUGGGCCAGAAGAACCAGGGAGCCAACAACUGUAAAAGAAAUGUAAAGCAAACUUUUGCUUUCUGAGCUUCUUAUCAUUACUUCAACUUCAGAUAUUUAUGUGUUGUCUCCACCAGUGAAGACCUGUGGUUGUGCACCAGCAGACUUCAGUGCUCUUACACCAGGUGGGCUGCAGAAAUCAGAGAUCUACGUGGAUUAGCAAUCACCAGGAAGGAGCCUGAACAGCAUUCCCGACAGAGGGAACUGGGACAAACCUUAUAUAUAAGGGCAAUUAAAUGGGGAGUUUUGCAGUGAUACUGCAUCUACUAAAUUAAGUUUUUGCCACAAGGUCUGAAAAACUUCCCUGCAUCCCCGUGGUGCAAACAGAUCCUGAGGGCAGUACACCCAUAUCAGAGUGAAAAUUCCUGGGCUCUGCUGACUGCAGGGACAGGCCCCUGUAGAAUUUUGCCAAGGGAGGGUCCAUUAUGCCAUAAAGAAUUUUGUAAACCUCUGUCUCACACGUUUCAAAGCCUGUUCGUUGUGUUUCAGGGAAAUGCCUCCUGUGUGCACCCGGAGUUUGCUCCCCAGGCUGGGCUCAGGCCUGGCACGCACUGCCACAGAGAAUCAUCCCCUGAGUGUCACCAGGGGACUGGCAGUCACUUACACAGCCAGAGAACACAGAGUUAGCACAGCAAAUAACAACAUUAGCUCCUCAGAGAUGAUACACUGUGUGCAUAAAAUCAUUUUCCAUUCUGGUCACAGGGGAUCCAGAUGACAUUUCCUACCAAGGAGGAAGGGAUUGUACUCCUGAUUACUGGUCUCUUUCUUUCUUUGCCCCAGAGUUCUCUGUUUUAUUCUCACUGUGGGACUCCCAGGUGGGAGACUCAUGGUAGCUGGAGAGUCCUCUUUUCCUGGAGCAUAAGGGGAAUAUUUUCAAAUUCUUUUUACCACCUGCAGUCUUGAGAAACAAUCCUUGGAGAGGGGAAGAGCCACACACAAGGCCUGCAGAGAAAAGGCCAUUCCUGCUCCCUCAAGACACAGCUGAAAUGCUUUACCACCCCCAAGUGGACACUUGCAUUUUACCAGUGACAUUUUCAUUUCUAAGCAGAAAUUUUGCAUUAUUUUUCCCUCUGCCAGAGAUUUCAGUGUGUUUUCCCUCUGGACAGGCCAUGGCAGUGGUGCCCUGCUGCCUGUGGCUGCCCAGGUCCCUGUUCUCCUGCCUGUGCAUUGCUCUGUGAUCCCACCAACCACCUGGGGACCACCUGGGGACCAGCUGGGCAGUGGCUGUGCUGGAUUUCCUUCCUCACCCUGUGCCUCCCUUGGGCAUAUCCCUCACGGAGCCCUGGGGGUUUUCCUCCCUGUCCCAUCUGUGUGACAUCUGCCCUAGACACCAGCCAAAGGGCUGAGGAGACAUAGUCACACAUCCAGCAUGGGCUGGAGACAGUCCUCUGCCAGCUUUUGUGGCUCUUUCAAUGCUUUUUAUGCAUUUAGGGUGAGACAGCAUCUUGUGUAGGUGCAGAGAGAGCCAUCAAUGU